GCCGCGGCCACUUGGGCAGGUUGGCGGCGCCGCGGGAACCCGCCGACGGCGCGGGCGACUGGUCCCCGCGCUGCGGAGGCGCGGGCGGCCCUGGGGCCAUGGAGCCUGGUGACGCGGCGCGCCUCGGCCCGGGGCGCGCGGCCCGCGCGCUGCCACCGCGGCUGCUGCUGCUGCCGCUGCUGCCGCUGCUGCUGGGUCGGGGGCUGCGAACGGCGGCCGCGGCCUCCUCCUCUGGGGCGGCGGCCGAGGACAGCAGCGCCAUGGAGGAGCUCGCCACCGAGAAGGAGGCGGAGGAGAGCCACCGGCAAGACAGCGUGAGCCUGCUCACCUUCAUCCUGCUGCUCACGCUCACCAUCCUCACCAUCUGGCUCUUCAAGCACCGCCGGGUGCGCUUCCUGCACGAGACCGGGCUGGCCAUGAUCUACGGGCUCAUCGUCGGGGUGAUCCUGAGGUACGGCACCCCUGCCACCAGCGGCCAUGACAAGUCACUCAGCUGCACUCAGGAAGACAGGGCCUUCAGCACCUUAUUAGUGAAUGUCAGUGGGAAGUUCUUCGAAUACACCCUGAAAGGAGAAAUCAGCCCUGGCAAGAUCAACAGUGUAGAGCAGAAUGACAUGCUGAGGAAGGUAACAUUUGAUCCAGAGGUCUUUUUCAACAUUCUGCUGCCUCCAAUUAUUUUCCAUGCUGGAUACAGUUUAAAGAAGAGACACUUUUUCAGAAAUCUUGGGUCUAUUCUGGCCUAUGCCUUCUUGGGGACUGCUGUUUCUUGCUUCAUUAUCGGAAAUCUCAUGUAUGGUGUGGUGAAGCUCAUGAAGAUUGUGGGGCAGCUCUCAGAUAAAUUUUACUACACAGAUUGUCUCUUUUUUGGAGCAAUUAUCUCUGCUACUGACCCAGUGACUGUACUGGCGAUAUUUAAUGAAUUGCAUGCAGAUGUGGACCUUUAUGCACUUCUGUUUGGAGAAAGCGUCCUGAAUGAUGCUGUUGCCAUUGUCCUCUCCUCGUCUAUUGUUGCCUACCAGCCAGCGGGGCUGAACACUCACGCCUUUGAUGCUGCGGCCUUUUUCAAGUCCGUUGGCAUCUUUCUAGGUAUAUUUAGUGGCUCUUUUACCAUGGGAGCUGUGACUGGUGUUGUAACUGCUCUAGUGACCAAGUUUACCAAGCUGCAUUGCUUCCCCCUGCUGGAGACGGCACUCUUCUUCUUGAUGUCCUGGAGCACGUUCCUUUUGGCAGAGGCCUGUGGGUUUACAGGCGUUGUAGCUGUGCUUUUCUGUGGAAUCACACAAGCUCAUUACACGUACAACAAUCUGUCGGUGGAAUCAAGAAGUCGAACAAAGCAGCUCUUUGAGGUGUUACACUUCCUGGCAGAGAACUUCAUCUUCUCCUACAUGGGCCUGGCGCUGUUUACCUUCCAGAAGCACGUUUUCAGCCCCGUUUUCAUCAUUGGAGCUUUUGUUGCCAUCUUCCUGGGCAGAGCUGCACAUAUCUACCCGCUCUCCUUCUUCCUCAACUUGGGCAGAAGGCAUAAGAUUGGCUGGAAUUUUCAACACAUGAUGAUGUUUUCAGGCCUCAGGGGAGCGAUGGCAUUUGCUCUGGCCAUCCGAGACACGGCAUCCUACGCUCGCCAGAUGAUGUUCACGACCACUCUCCUCAUUGUCUUCUUCACCGUCUGGAUCAUUGGUGGAGGCACAACGCCCAUGUUGUCAUGGCUUAAUAUAAGAGUUGGCGUCGAGGAGCCCACCGAAGAGGACCAGAACGAACACCGCUGGCAGUACUUCAGAGUUGGUGUUGACCCAGAUCAAGAUCCACCACCCAACAACGACAGCUUUCAAGUCUUACAAGGGGAUGGUCCAGAUUCUGCCACAGGAAACCGGACAAAGCAGGAGAGUGCGUGGCUGUUCAGGCUGUGGUACAGCUUUGACCACAAUUACUUGAAGCCCAUCCUCACACACAGUGGCCCCCCGUUAACGACCACUCUCCCGGCCUGGUGUGGCUUGCUCGCUCGAUGUCUGACCAGUCCCCAGGUGUACGACAACCAAGAGCCACUGAGAGAGGAAGACUCCGAUUUCAUCCUGACUGAGGGUGACCUCACCUUGACCUACGGGGACAGCACAGUGACUGCGAAUGGCUCCUCAGGCUCCCACACAGCCUCCACAAGCCUCGAGGGUGGUCGGAGAACAAAGAGCAGCUCCGAGGAGGUGCUGGAACGAGACCUGGGAAUGGGAGACCAGAAGGUUUCCAGCCGGGGCACCCGCCUGGUGUUCCCCCUGGAUGAUAAUGCAUGACGCCCCCCAAACCCUGAGGCGAAGGGGUCGGCCCACCCAGGUGGGGUGAGGAGGGUUGCUAGCCCCAGUGUUGUGUGAGGCGGGGCAUUGACUGAGUGGAACUAACGCUCCUGUUUUAUUGAGGUCUGAAGAUAUCUUAACAUUUAAAACUUAACCCAAGAUGCAGCUGGUGGGGCUGAAGUGUCCCUAAGUCAAGACAAAUGCAGACCUAUUCCUACUUUUCCACAUAGUAGUGCACUGUUCAGAGUUAAACACCACAACGAUAGCAUGCUUUACCGGUCUCUCCCUUCAGUCGCCUGCAGCAUCUGAACAAGGUGUGGCAGGCGCUGGGACCUGCUCCCAGGAGAGGCUUCCUAUCCAUACGCAGCAGUGCAAGCCUAGCUGGCUGUGGAAAUGGCAAGUUCGGGGAGAACAGGCUAGAGGAAAGAUGGUGAAGGAAGGCAAUUGAGAUUGGCCCUCCAAGGAUUAUGGGAAGCCGGUCUUUCAUGGGACAGAAAACACGAACAAGCAAUUUGAGUGGAGGCUCCGGGCCCGAGGGCUGCGUGACCGCAGCCUCAGGUCAGGAUUCCUGACUUCCGUUGCUCCCUGUGUCUGCUCUAGACUGAAGACUGGAAAAUAUAUCCAUGAACAUUUCAACGUGGAGGCAAGAAUUAUAAUUCCUUCUGGAAAUCUCCAUAAAGAACAAGUGACUGAAAUGUUUUAAACCAAAGGCAAAAUAGUGUUAUAUUGUUGUUUUUUAAUUAACCUGAGGUCAGGAGAAACUGUUUAGACACUGAUGAUGAUAUCACUGCAAAAACCAGUCAAUUCUUGAGGGCUACCAUAUGAGCUGACUGCCUGGGAACUGAUUAAUAGGACUGAGAUAUCUACUGUGGGUUUGGAGAUAACACCAAAAUUUGUGGGAUACUUUUUUCUGGGGAAGAGAAGGCAGCAAGAAGCCUAAGAGGCAAUAGGCUAUUAUUCAGAGGGAAGAAAUCUCACUGUGAAAAAACUAACUGCAAAGAAAACACAAGAUAGUAUUCUAAAGACUGAGUGCAAUUCUAAACAUUGAGCUAAUAAAUGCAUGAGGUUUCAGUGGCCACGUGAGGAAGCAGAAGUGAGUGAAUGGAAGCUUAAGCGUUAUUCACCCCAGUGGAAGGUCCCAUCUGCUAUAAGAUUAAUGAUCUGAUGUCUUCACACUGAGUGCCGUGUAGAGAAAGGUCAUCUUCUUGGUACCUAGGGAGGCUUGUACCAGCUUGAUGUGUGAAUGUAGUUUGAAAUUUAGGUUUUUAGUUUGGGUUCUUGGUGAGUGAGCUGUUCUACCUGCCCACACCUGUAGUAGGUGAAAUACUGAGAGAAUUCUUAGAAACCAAGUUUGAGAUUCUCCCCACGUCUCUAUGCUUCAGUGCUAGUAUAUUUGAAAACCAAGUUUCUAAAAAAUGCUUUCAUAAAAUGUAGACAUUUUUCUUAAUUAUGGCAGACAAAGUAGCGGCCCAGUCUAGUCCACCCAUAAUGAAAUCAGCCAUUUAAUCUUCUUAACUCACAGUUUUAAAUAAGACAUUGCUUCACACUUUGUUUUUGAGUUAGAUUUGUGCAAACCAGGAAAAAUUUAUUAGGUUGAGUCAUAUGAAAUUGCUGAUAUUUAACCAUUUUUAAAAUACAGAAAUGGCAAUUUCUUAUGCUUCAAUAUAAUAUAAUUGAAUGAUUUUUAUUCCCCUCCUUCCUUUCUCUCUACACUAAAGUCCAUUUUGAUUUUAUGGCUAUCCCUGGGCUCUGUGAGUUUGAUAAAAAGCUAACCAACGGACCUAACCCCUGAGACACUCUGGGUUACCUCGGCUAGUGAGGGACUGGAGAAAACCUAUGACCCACAACCAGAGAAGCAGCUUUCUUAGAGAGCCCUGGAUGGGGGGCAUUAUGGUGUGGGGUCAGACUGCAGAGGGCAGCUGCCAGGCUUGGCAGAGGGCUGGCGAUGUGUCUGUGCCCGUGCCCCGAACCAGCACAGGGGUUUUUAUUCAGUAGCGUUAUCUCAGUCAUGGCCAGUCAUGCCAUAUAAACUUAAAAGGCGAGGCUUUUGUGUGUGUUUUUUGCAGAGAUGGAGAGAUAGGCUGGUUGGGUCUAUAAAAAAGCCUUGCUUGUCUCUUAUGUUGCUUAUUUACUUAAUUUUGGAGGGAAGAAGCUAACAGAAAAAGCCUGACAAUGGUUCUUGAAAAGAGCCAACCAAGUAGGACAUACUCUGUCUUCAUUAACCUCAAGGCUUUGUUGUCAUUUUGGUUUUACAGGAAGCUUGCAGCAAAUUAUAAGAAAUUACCCUCAUAGGGAGGGCUAAUAACCACUGAGGUUCUCAUCCUAGUCUUAGGUCAAUCUGUAGAUUAUUGUGUUUUCCCCCAAAGGGUCUCAUAGUCUUCGCUGCAAACAUUUUAUUCUGACCUACUUAAAUAUGAGUAAGUGGAGGUUUGCCGAGACCAGACCAAACUUUAGCUAGGGUUGUAGUUAUUUGAUUGGGUUUUUUUAUUCAGUGGAUCAGAGUAAGUCACUGACCCAUGGUCCUGAUUUUUGUUUGCAAGAUGUGAAGAAUAAUCCUCACCUUACCAGGGGUCCCAGGAAGGGAGUCCAUUCAUUGAAAUGCUUCCACCUCUAGAAGCUUAUGCCUGUGCUGAGUGGAGAAGAGUGGGGUGCCACGAAGCCCAGAAAUGAUCUAACUCAAGGCCAACUGUUGGCUGCUAGUCUGGCAUAAAUCACACCAAAACUGCUGAGUAAUGGUAUAUCCAACUGAACGGAGUUCCUCUGAGAGGGUAAUCCCAAGUCAUCUUACAAGCAUAUUUGUUCUGGGUUGGGGGGAUGGCAGUUCAGCAGUCGAAUGUUCUAGAGCAGAGGUUCUCAACCCAGGCUGCACAUUAGGGUUACCUGGCCAGUUUUUUAAAAAAAUACCAGUGUCAGAGCUCUGCCCCUCGGAGACUGAGGUUCAGUAGGUUUGGAGGGGGCCUCGCUUCCGGGCUUUGUUUUGGACCCUCAGGGAUUCUGAUGUGCAGCCAGGGUUGAGAGCCUUGAGUGUAGAACUCCCAGUGGACCAUUUUUGGACCCUUAAAGAAUGGCCUAGCAAAUUAAGUUUUUAAAAAAUUGUUAGUCACGUGGACCAAACUGAGCAGUGGCCGACGAUACAGCCGGGCAGCCGGGGACACGCUUCAUGUUCAUCUUCGCUGACCUCGAGAACGUGCUCCGUAAGGACAGCUGCAAAGGUCACGCUUAAAAACCUCGGAGCGCGAAAGGGAGACAUAAGGGUAUUUCUGGGGCAGGGGAUUAGAAACCUGUCAACUUUGCCCCCGUUUGUGGAAAAAAGCGGGUUUUGUCUUAACUGAGCUGCUGAGUAAUCAAAUGUGAAGGUUUCUAAGAAGCUGCCUUUCCAGUUUAACCUGGGGUUGAGUUAGUCAUCCUCUUCGCAGUCAGGUGACCUUUCUUCCUCUUCACACUUUGCUUGUCCCCAUGCCUGAAUCCAUGCUGGACCCCUCAGAAUAAGGGGGGGCCCUUUCCUGCCCGAGCAGAGGCCCUGUGGUGAUGAAGUCGGUAGCGGGUCAUUCAGGAGAUGCAAAUUUUGGUAUUGCACAGACAGAGGGAAAAUAAAGUCUCCUGCCAUACCUUUUAAUACCGUUUUUGGGGGCUACAAGAAGACGUGAACUUUCUCUCCUAGAAAAGGAAAUUUGGAAUUUAAAUAAGGCUGGAUUUCUUCCUGGGAAACAAGUAUAGGAAGGGAAGAUGUGAUUAAAUGGACUCUGCCCAUCCAGGGUUCUUACUCAGUGACCGGACAAAUGAGCAUGGAAGCCUGGAAGCCAGAAUCACACUGUGACAUCAGAUGUUUCAUCAAGCAAACAGCAGGGAGCUCUUUAGGCUGUGUUCUCUAGACUUGAAAAUGUCCUCUGUGGUUUCGUUGACAAAUGAAAUCUCUUUGGAAAACAUGAAAAAUGAUAUCUCAGCUAUCCACGAACAUUUCAGUCUAAAGCAAAGAAGUAACAGCUCCUUCCAAAAGAGAGGUCUGGUUCACAUCCCACCCCCCGUCUCUCUCCCUUUCUUUGUCCGCAGUGGAGUUAAUGUAAUCACGUCAAAUAUUUAACACGAACAACGUGAUUUCUAAAUGUAGAAACCCCACUGAUGUACUGAGGGGAGAUCAGUGGCGGGCCACUGAGCAACUCAUCAGAGGGGAAAAUCACCCACGGGGAAACCCACCUUCCUACCCACUGUGAGCUCUAAGAGGUGUGUCAGAAGCUGAUUUUACCAUCUGCUGUAAAAUGCUAUCUGGAAUGAGGGCUGCUGGAAAGUCAGCUUGCUGAUUUCAUAAGCAUGACUUUUUCCACUUGAGAAAUGGGGAACUUGACAAGUUUCGUGCCUGCUGUUUGCUGUUGAUUCUGUAGAUGAGUUAGUGGGGGAGCUAGUCUGUCAAAUGCAUAAGGCUGCUAUCAUUGAAUUCUGAUCUCUUAUCUUGUUUUUUAAGUGAGAACCUGGCCUGCCAGCGUCAGCUGCUGUGUGCUGACACAGGAGAUUGAAGGAAUCUGGUGGCCAAGAGUUAGAGUUUAGAAACAAACCCAUGUGAAUGCUGCUUUCACGGCUUUCACACCUGAAAAGACUUCCCCCCGCUUUCUAAACCCGAAUGACCACAGUGUGCAGAGAAAUGCUCUAGAAACCAAUGCUAGUGUCUAAUAGGAGAAGCAAGGAGGCUCUUUGACAAUCCUUUCAAAGCAAGACCUAGAAAUAAACCAUUAUUUUCCAGUUUCAAUUUUUAUAAGUAGUUUUUUUUAGUUAACAAACACAUCUUGUCACCCAGUGCUAGCAGAAACUUUAAAGAGCAAAACCAAAGUUCUCGAUAUCAGUUUUAUUUUGGUAAGCAGGGUAUACUGUAACCACGGCCCACAUGGAAUGUACAGGCCGCCAGUUUUCAGCUCCACAUGCCUUGGAGAAGAUGAGAAAGCAGGCCUGCUUGUUCUACCUUUUGAAAAGGUCUGAGGUCACUUCUCAUUUCUGAUGGCCACCUUUUAAAAAGGGUUAACAGAAUUGCCCAAUGUCACAGUCAGUUUGACUCUUGGCCGGUGGAAAAUUAUCUGGGCCUGUGUAUGGUGGAGGAACUCAGAAAAGGACUUGUAAACAGCGUGAAGAACUCUACAUCUGCUGUCUAAAGCACUUAAAAAAAGUUCAGAUGCCAGCGUUACUGGGGCGCUAUCCAGCUGAUGGGCAUCUGGGGGCUGAGCCUCGCUGUGAUUAUUUAUUCCAGUUGUGGGCUUUCGAGAAGCAGAGGAAUGCUUUUCAGUUGUGUGGGUCUUAAGUCUGUGGAUUUGGGAUUUAUCACUGAAAUCACUCAAAGUGUGACUUCAUGGCAGCCUCACCUCCUCCUAGGUUGUCUUUUUAUUUUUUACAUAAAAUACAUCUGGUACUUCUUACUUAGGAAGUUUUACUAUGUCCAUUAAAAUGAUUAAGUGAGAAGGCCACCAAGAUUCAUUUAAUAGCUGAAAAGCAAUUUUUUAAAUAGAAUAGGAUGAAUUUAACAGGGGAUGAUGUGAUCUGGGGAACUUUUUAUAGAGAGCUUACAUACUGCAAUUGGGAAGAACGUUGUCUUCUACUUGCAUUCGACAGUAGCAAACUGGUGGUUUUAUACAAUUAACGUUAUGUUAUAUAAAUCAUGUUAGAUAAAAUAAUAGUAAAGUAUGUUCAACUGUGAAAAAGUGAAGACUUGGAGUUAUCAGCAAUCUUUAUGUGCAAUAAGGAAAACUGCAGUUAGGCCCCAACGUGCUACCUUUCCCUAGUAUUUUACUUAAUGUUCGCCUUUGUGUAUAUGUUUAGCUUGAUAGUGUAAAGCUAGCCACAUGUUUUCCUGCUCUUUACUGAUAUUUAACACAUUUUUUCUCAAGGAUUUUUUUUUUUUUUUUUUACAAAACUCAAAAUAAAAAGAUUAACUGGCUGAGCUAAUCUUGUUUUGUAUUUUAAAAGUAUUGUCAGUUGUAGAAGAGUGCGGUAUGAGCCUACUCUUAGUCUGUUUCUUCCCCUCACUGAGAGGUUCUUCUCUGGGUGGAAGCUCUUCCUCUCCAACUUCCUUUAGACCGGGGGUUGACCAAAUCCGGCCCACCGCCUGCUUUUGUAAAUAAAGUCUUAUUGGCAUACACUUCA